AUGGCGCCGAAAACAGUGCUCCACCUCCGCGCAGAAACCAAACCCCUCGAACACCGCAGCGCCCUCACUCCCACCACCGCCAAAGCCCUCCUCGACACCGGCGACUACGCCAUCAACGUCGAGCGCACCCCCGACAAGCCCGCCCGCAUCUUCGCCGACUCCGAGUUUGCCGACGUCGGCUGCGAACUCGUUCCCACCGGCUCCUGGGUAGACGCCCCUCACGACCACAUCAUCGUCGGCCUGAAGGAGCUCCCCGAAGACAGCUUCCCGCUCUCCCACACCUUCGUCCAGUUCGCGCAUGUUUUUAAGCGGCAGACCGGGUGGGCGGACUGGCUGCGGCGAUGGCGACGCGGGGGUGGGACGCUGCUCGAUCUAGAGUUCUUGACCGAUGAGCAGGGGAGGCGGGUCGCGGCGUUCGGAUACCACGCUGGCUUCGCGGGCGCGGCGUUGGCGCUGAAGAACUGGAGCUGGCAGCUGCUGCAUCCUGGUGAUGAGAUGCCGGGCGUGGAGACUUUUACGGAGGGGAGGGGUUACUACACCAACGAGGACGAGUUGGUGAGCCAGGUGCGCGAGGAUGUGGAAAAGGCGGUGCAAGCAGGCCACACGCCACCACAGACCAUUGUGAUCGGCGCGCUGGGACGGUGUGGGCGGGGUGCAGUGGACAUGCUCAAGAAGGCCGGGCUGGAGGACAGCCAGAUCCUGAAAUGGGACAUCCAAGAAACGAGCGCGAAGUCCGGACCCUACGCCGAGAUCAUAGGGAGCGACAUCUUCAUCAACACAAUCUACCUGAUGAGCAAGAUCCCGCCGUUCGUGAGCAUGGAGAGCCUGCGCGAGGCCGGCGAGAAGAGGCGGCUGAGCGUCGUGUGUGAUGUCAGCUGUGAUCCGAAUAGUGAGAACAACCCGGUGCCGAUCUACAGCGAGUGGACGACGUUUGAGAAGCCGACGGUGGCGGUGCCGGUGGAGCAGGGACCGCCAUUGAGCGUUAUCAGCAUAGAUCAUUUGCCCAGUCUUCUUCCCCGCGAAGCAAGCGAAGCAUUCUCAUCCGCGCUGCUACCGAGCUUGAUGCAGCUCAGGAACAGGAAGGAAGCCAGGGUGUGGCAGGAGGCGGAGAAGCUGUUCCACGACAAGGUCGCCGAGAUACCAGAAGAGGGCGCGGACGGCUCUUGA